CAUAAUAUAUCAGUCAGUUGCUUUUAAACGUUUACACUGGCUAGAAGUGUCUUAUUCGCACGUUUAAACGUUAAGAGCUAAAACGUAUUAUUUACGAUUUAAAAUAUUUCUAUACGUUUCAUUUGCAAUGAAUUUAUUAAAAUGUUCCGUCGGUUGCCGGUCACUAGUGCGUUUGGUACACGAGAACUCAGAUCCGGAAUAUCCUCAGUAUACAAGCUUUUUAUCGAGGCUGAAAACAUUCGAUUCACACGCGCCUCGAUCGCGUCAAGAUAAAUAUUCGCUGGCUGAAUGCGGAUUCACUUACACCGGAACAGGCGACUUGGUUCAAUGUCACUACUGCGGCAUAUUGUUGGGGCAGUGGGAGGAAAACGACGAAGUUUGGCAGCAACACGCCGUGCACAACCCUAAAUGUGUAUUUGUAUUAUUAUAUAAAGGGAUGGAAUUUAUUGAGAAUGUAAAAAAUGAAUUAAAUAACAAAAGUAGUGAUAAUAGCGGCAUUCGAGCCUGUAGUUGUAAAUCAGAACCGUAUGAUGUUGAUAAUAAUAAUAAUAAUAGUCGAGCCCAUAUAUGUAAAUCUGAAUCGUUUGAUGUCGUCGGGUGACCUGCAGCACUACCUAUGUUCAUUAUAACACAAUAACCUAUUUGAUAUAUGUAUAUAUUGUUAUGGACUAUCCUAAGAUGUCCACACAAAUAAAAUAACAAACACUUCGGACUGGUUAACUUUCUGUAUUUGGUAUUAAGAAGUAAAACGUACAACUAUGUUACCUAAUGAAA